ACCUCCUUUAAGACACGCACCUCGUACCUUCCUUCCUCCAUUGGCAAUUCUGUUGUACUGGCCACACGCGAAACGACCUGCCAAACCUGUACAGCAUCAUCUGUCCUUUCCUUAACGACAAUUAUUGGUACUUGUCAUUGGCAUCGAGCAGAUCCCAUUGCUACAGCCGCCAUUGCCAUCCUCCACUCACGACCACGAGCAUCAGCUUUAGCCAGGACCUGCCCAGCUACUCAGCGCCCCGAGUGGCACGAGCGAGGACGUCCAUCGAGAUAUUCUAGCAUUAAUACCACCCAUCGCCCACAAUGGAUAGCUCCAACAGAUACAAUGCCCUCACCACCAUUGGUGGAUGGACUCUCAUUGUCUCGAAGCCCAAGCCAAUGGCCCCAAGCACUUCGACCAGUGGUGCCUUCUCUUCCAGCGUCAAUGUCGAUCCCGAGGAGGACAAAUCUUCCAAGAUCGCCGACCGUGAGUUUGCUCGCCAGUUUGCGAACCUGAAGACUGGUACCAGCAUCAACACGGCCAAUAAGACGGACGAGAAGCGUCAAAAGUCUGUCAAGCAGUCCAAGGCUCAGGAGGCGUCCAAGGCACAGGAAGCACCCAAGGCCGCUGCCGCAGCUCCCGCCGAAACCAAGACUUCGGCUCCAUCUUCCACCACAGGUGAUGCCGAUGAUGACCUGUCGCCCGCCAACUCGCCCGAGAUUGCCGCGGCUGAUAGUCGAGAUGUGUCAGACAUGCUGGAGAAGCCUAAUGCUGGACCCUCGAUCCUCCGCCUCACCUCGACCGACUCGGUCAAGACCAAGGAGAAGAAAGUCAAGGCAGCCGAAGCUAUUGUGACGAAGAAACAGCGACAAAACCGCAAGAAGGCCGAGCAGGCUAAGGAGCAAAACGAAGAGGCGGAGAAGGCUCGAAAGGCAUUGGCUGAUGCCCAACGACGCGCAGCUCGUAUUGCCGAGGGUCGUCCCGCCAAAGACGGUUCGGUCUUCAUGGCGCAGCAAUCAAAUGCCUGGUCUAACAAGACCAACGGCGACUCCCCCACUGCCUCGGUCCAGCCUCUGGACACUUUUGAGCAGAAGGCAAAGGCCGACACGACAAGCCUCGACACGCCGAAGCCAGCUACCUCCUCGAUCAAGGAGCGACCUGAUUCGUGGAUGUCCUCUGUGCCUUCAGAGGAGGAACAGCUCGAGAAGCUCAAGAGCAUGGAACAAGAAGAUGCCUGGAAUGAGGUUACAAGCAAGAAGAAGAAGGGCAAGAAAACACAGGACCCGGACAACUCUUCGUCGGCCGAGAACGUCCCUUCUGCGCCUACGCCCAAGGCCCCCGCCAAUGGCAUCAACAAACCGAAGCCAGGCUUGAGCAGUACCUCCUCGUUCGUUGCCUUGACCCCCGAUGAGACCACAGAUGACAAUGAAAUCGAGGAAGAGUGGGAAGUAUGAAGACACACGGCCCACCUCGUUUAACCCAAGUUGUGGUAUCGGAUUGAGCUUGCCUCAACCCCAUCUAGCCCUUCACAACUUGCAG